AUGGGUUGUGUUCAAUGCAAAUGCUGUGGCCGAUAUCCAUCGUCAUCAUCAGAAGGAGAUUCUCGACAAGACGCCGCCAAGGAUUUCAAAUCGAAAGAAUCUUCUCAGAAACCCCUCGGAUCCAUCCAAGUCCCUUCCCCCAAUUUCGAAAUGGUCUACUCCGUGCUCUCCCAGCGAGGCUAUUACCCAGAUUCGCCGGAUAAGGAGAACCAAGACACUUACUGCAUCAAAACCGAGCUCCAAGGCAACCCAAACGUCCACUUCUUCGGCGUCUUCGACGGCCACGGCGUGUUCGGCACCCAGUGCUCGAAUUUCGUCAAGGAGAGAGUCGUGGAGAUGCUAUCGGAAGACCCGACUCUGCUCGAGGAUCCAGAGAAAGCUUACAAGUCUGCGUUUUUAAGGGUGAACGAGGAGUUACACGACAGCGAAAUCGACGAUUCGAUGAGUGGUACCACUGCGAUCACGGUGCUCGUUGUUGGGGAUAAGAUCUAUGUGGCUAACGUUGGGGAUUCGAGAGCUGUGCUUGCUGUGAAGGACAGGAAUCAGAUUGUGGCGGAGGAUUUGUCUUACGAUCAGACUCCGUUUAGGAAAGAUGAGUGCGAGAGGGUUAAGGCUUGUGGAGCUAGAGUGAUGAGUGUUGAUCAGGUUGAAGGGCUGAAAGAUCCGAGUAUACAGACGUGGGCGAGUGAAGAGAGCGAAGGAGGUGAUCCUCCGAGGCUUUGGGUGCAGAAUGGGAUGUAUCCGGGGACGGCGUUCACGAGAAGCGUUGGAGAUUUUACAGCGGAGAGCAUUGGUGUUACCGCUGAGCCUGAGGUUUCAAUGGUUCAUCUUUCUCCGAACCAUUUGUUCUUUGUUGUUGCUAGUGAUGGGAUUUUCGAGUUUCUUCCGAGCCAAGCUGUUGUUGAUAUGGUGGGGAGAUAUGCUGAUCCGAGAGAUGGAUGUGCAGCAGCUGCGGCGGAAUCAUACAAACUGUGGUUGGAGCAUGAGAAUAGGACUGAUGAUAUCACGAUUAUCAUUGUACAGAUAAAAAACCUGCGUAAUGAAUGA